AAGUGUUUUGCAUGAAAAUCAUGGCGGAUUUGGUGAAUGGGAAUGAGAGCUCUCCUCCGGUUGAGGCCAUCCAAUCAAACCGAGAGGAUAAGGGGGUAAACAAUGACGUCAGGGCCGGUGAAAGUGACAUGAGGAGGUCAGCUCUCACCGUCGUACAACCGCACGACGAUGAAUUUGUCGCCGGUGCGAGCGCUGGAGCUGAGCUGGCGGCUCUUGUUGAUAAGGAGGAUGGUGGCGAUCGACUGGAGCAAGGAGCCAUAAUAGACGGCGAAGGUGUCUGUCAAGCGCCUCUCCAGCCAAUUGACGAUAUGGCAAAGACUUCAUUGAAACAGAGGGGCUCUAAGUCAAAACGGAACAACUCAACGGACAACGGCACAAGCAGCAAAAAUGGCAACGGCGAUCGCAGUGAUGCUGACGACAGUGUUCAAAACGGUACACGUGGCGAAAGGAGUAACCCGGCAGCUAAGAGAACUGUUCCGGUUGGCUUGAAGACCUUCGCAUUUCUCGUCGUGCUCAGUUGCCUCCCUAUCGGUUACCUGUGGUACAAAGAUGUCUUGGCAAAGCGGGUGACCACGAGGCUUGAUGCACCGCUCGUGAUCGAGGAAGAUGCAAGCAGCGCCGCAAAAUCACCGGAGAGGUUUUGGGGGACCUACCGCCCUGGAGUUUAUUUUGGUCUAAAAACAAGGAGCCCGCAUUCCCUGGUCACUGGCUUGAUGUGGUUCACUCAGUUUGGCAAAGAGAGACAGUUACCCGUCCGUCAUACAUGCGAACAAGGAGAUCAACUGGCAAGAUAUGGAUGGUUGGAGCAUGAUGGAGUCAACUUCGGCGUUCAGGAGUUGGUGGACAAGAAUCUCACCUUAAAGACUGAGUUUGUGAAACAGCCAGGUGGGAAACACGGUGGGGACUGGACAGCACGCAUUAGUGGCAAGCCCAGGACUAAAUCUGCCAACAAGACCAUUGCAAGUAUUGUAUUCUAUGCGGGCCUGGAUCAGGAUAACGGUCUUCUCCAGCCGGUGGUCAAAGGGAACCAGCUCCUGCAAAUCCGCGGCAACACCAAGGAGCUGGGCAGCUUCUCCAUCAGGUUCCCUCCGGCAUCCAACACCACGGCCUACCACUACGUCAGCACCUACAGUCCCAGCAUUCACCUCAGCAGGGAAGUGGUAAUGCAGAGUCUGAAACGCUUUCCCUACGGGGGCACCAGGUUUGUGGCGGGCCUUGCUGGGAAUAUCCUGGCGCUGAGGGGGAUCACGGACUACCAGCCAAAUUUCGUGGCCCACCAAGUUACGCUGUCGCUCCCGUUUGAAAUGGAGGUCAUUUUUGAGUCGGGGAGCCACACCCAACGUCAAGCUCCACUCUCUGGGAAAGUUUUCACAGAGCAGCUGAAAAAGUACAAAGAUGCAUUCAGCCAAACAUUUGAGGACAAGUUUGGACUAGAAGUGAAAGGAUACAAGAAAAAGGAGAUAACCUUUGCCAAAGCAGCCCUUAGUAAUAUGCUUGGUGGGAUCGGUUACUUCUAUGGCCAGAGUAUCGUCAGGUCCAAGCACACCCCGGAACCAGUUCCGUACUGGAAUGCCCCGCUUUUGACGGCAGUGCCUUCUCGCUCAUUUUUUCCCCGUGGCUUCCUCUGGGAUGAAGGUUUUCACAACCUCCUCAUCAGCAAGUGGGACCCAGCGUUGAGUAAGGAGAUAAUUGGCCACUGGUUGGACCUGAUGAACAUGGAGGGCUGGAUUCCCCGCGAGCAGAUCCUCGGUAGUGAAGCACGCAGCAAAGUCCCGCAGGAGUUUGUCAUCCAGAACAAUGAAAAUGCUAACCCACCGACAUUGUUCCUGCCCCUUCAGUCCAUCCUGAGGGAUACGACUUUGGGCAAAAACGGUGACUUCUUAGAGUACUUGCAGCACGUGUUUCCUCGGCUUGAGGCUUGGUACCACUGGUUCAACAGCACUCAGACAGGUCCAAGGUCGUCAACAUAUCGAUGGAGGGGCCGAGAUGCCGUGACUGAUAAAGAGCUGAACCCCAAGACAUUGACAUCAGGACUGGACGACUAUCCCAGGGCCUCGCACCCGACUCACUCUGAAUUCCACAUUGACUUGCGUUGCUGGAUGGCCCUUGCCUCUGGUGUCAUGGUGGAUAUUGCCCACGCAAUCAACGUCCCUUCCAAUGACUACAUGGCCACCUAUCAGCUCCUCAGUGACAACCAGUUGCUAGACAAGCUGCACUGGUCACCGAAGGGCAAGAUGUACAGUGAUUACGGAAGCCACACGUCUGCCAUCAUGUUGAAACGCCCUCAGCUUCCGCCCCCUCCCACUCCCAAGCCUGGUCAAAGGCGACCCCAACCCCCUCCCAAGCUCCCAAUGGUACGUGUCAUCAAAGAUCAGCAUCAGCCUAAAGAGCAAUACGUGAAUGCCUUCGGUUACAUCAGCCUCUUUCCCUUCCUGCUUCAGAUUCUGGAGCCAGAGUCCAACAAAUUGGGAAAAAUCUUGACUGACCUGAAAGACCCCAAACUGUUGUGGACAAAAUAUGGUCUGCGCUCGCUUUCAAAAUCGGACCCCAUUUACAUGAAAUACAACACCGAGCACGAUCCUCCGUAUUGGCGUGGGGCCAUAUGGAUAAACAUGAAUUUCCUUGCUGUACGUUCCCUGUACCAUUACGCUAGCACCUCUGGUCCCUAUCAAGACAUGGCUAGAGAUCUGUACACACAACUGAGACAAAACCUUGUCAGUAACAUCAUCAAGGAGUAUGAAAGAUCUGGUUACAUAUGGGAAAACUACAACGACAGCACUGGCAAAGGUCAGGGGUCACAUCCUUUCACCGGAUGGUCUGCACUGGUGGUGCUCAUGAUGUCAGAAAAAUACUAGAUAAAGUGUUUCAUGGAGAUAAGAUUCUUUCCUAGGAUUAUAAAAGUACAUGUUCUCAGUCCAUCUACAGUUUUGAUGAAAUUAGAAUGGCCAUUUUCUAAGAGCAACUCAUCCUAUGAAAUUUCUGUCCCCUAUGUGAAAAAUACAGUCGGUGUUCUCCAGAAGUAGCCUUGCAGCCUACAGAGUUUUGCUUGUCUCCCACUAUGUUUUAAAGUAGCCACCAGGCUUUUAAAACCUGGCCACCAAGUUUAAAAUUCAGGGUGUAAAAGUAAAAUUCUAGAAAGUGUCACCCUUCAUGACAUCUUGGUGAAAUAAGUGUCUGUGAAUUUCAAAAGUUACCUUUUUAAAGAAAAGCAUUUACCUCCGAGAUGCCCAGAAAUGCAGUAGACCUGAACUCAAAACAGAGUGGGGGUCUUUAAGUGGGUCGUAACCCCAUACUAAAGCUUUGGGCCACCCCAUAUUUUUUAGGGACACUGUUUAAAAAAUUAUACUCUACAUGUACCUUGUACAUGUUCCAUGUUGCCCUCAUGUACUGUAAAUAAUAAUAAUCGCGACAAGAAUACGAGUUGCCAAAUAUAUCUGUAUAUGUUGUAGUUACUUUGGGGUUUUGGAUGAGAAAGCCCAUAGUACUGUAUCUCAUCUUAGGUGUCUUUUUGGACCUAUUUAUGUCAUUCAUGCACACUGUACAUGGAAGAAAAGGGUCAUUUUUAGUCAUACUCAGUUCACUAUUAGAAAAAUUAUUGCAAUCACUUUGUAUUUCAUUUAGGUGUAUUUCAUUGGGUUUUUGUUUUCAUAAUCCUUGGGUAUUUCUUUCAUUUGGUUUAUAAUUUAGAAAAGGUAUACAUGAUACUGUGAAAUUUCUAUUCAAAAUGGUUCAAAAUUGUCCUUGGAUGCUUUUUUAUCAUGUCUCAGGCAAAUUUGCAAUAGACAUUAUCAAUUUAAUAACUAAUGCAAUCACAAGUGCACCAGUCCAUACAUUUCCUGAUGUGUAUGCAGAGUGCAUGUUCACAUAAUUAUUGAUAUAUGUACACAAUAUUUACAUUAACUUCCUUAUUCUGCAUUUCAAUUGAGUUUGGUUUCAUGUGAGAAUAAACCUUUUGUGAGUUACAGUUGAAUAAAAUUUGGUACACUGAGUUAUCUGAUUGCACAUUAUGACCAAUUCAAAUUCCCUAAAUUAAAGAUACCGCUACAUGUAAACCUCGUGAUUGGGGGCAAGCGUUUACAUAGCGACCACACCUCGUGAUUGGGGGCAAGCUUUUACAUAGUGACCACAAUCUCUGGAAUGGACUGGUUCCUUUGUGCCCUUCUUAUCCACUAAAAACAGAUUAUUGGUGUAAGGUGUAACUAUGUAAAGCUUGCCCUGAAUCAUGAGGCAUAGCAACAGCAUAUUUAGUAUGGAGAAUUCAAAUUACGUUCCCUUGAAUUUAAAGAACUCCAGUACCAGGUUUUAUUCAAAUUUAAUUCACAAAAGGGGGGUAUUCCUUGAAGAAUUUCUUUUAGAAUUAAGGAAAAAAGUUUCUGGUAACAGACAGACUUUACAAAUUCAGGAUUCCUCAGAAGUGCCCUAGGCACUGCAGCUUGUAAGCCUGAAGAAACCUGUAAAGAGACAAUGAAAAGUAGGAAUAUUCUGAAUAAAACCUUCAGAAUCAGGAAGGGACUGAAAACCCAAUCCACAUUGUGGAGCAGGCCAGGAUUGGAAACCCUGUCCCACAGAUGUGGAAAGCGAGGAAAGAACCACUUUGCCUACCUGACUCCCCUGAUGUAUUUAUCCGUGGAGCAAAGUGAAGUGAAUACUUUUUAAUGUAUAAAAUGAAACAAAUUCAAAACUUUUACCCUGAAAGAGCAAAUGAGCGUCAUUUAUUAUUUCUUGCACAUAAUACUGUACAGAGAUAUUACAUGUGCAUGCAUUACAGGUUUAUUAAGAACACUUUUAAUAUUGACCGAUGUCUUGACAAUGGAAUUGCUAGGGUCAAAUAAAGCAAACUGGUCGUGGA